UUCUCGCGACGUCAGAAAAGCUGGCGCUCUCCACUGAGACGCGCAAGCCCAGCUCUGUGGUUUAUAGAAGCAACUCCACACACCGCUAGUUCCCGCUUUUACUGGUUGUUUCUUGUUUUAGAUUAUAUGGUUUUCACCGUAGACGCUUCUAACGUUUUUCUCUUUCGUUCGCUUUAGGAAUUAUCUGUUGAUUUUCAUUGCGAUGGCACUUGUACGUGAGGUGAACGAUUAGUUUAUAUGGGGAAUGGGGAAUCAGAGCUCAUCUGAUUUCUCUCACAUGUAGGCGUUUUUACAGCGAACGAAGCGUGAUAGGCUACAGAUCUUGUCUGCUUUUCUUAUCAAAUAAUCAGAUACAUCUCUUGCUCCACCGGUUUGUUCGGUCACACGCACCGUAACAUGAAGCUUAAACAGUAGACAUUUUUGAGAAAAACAUCAAAUUUGGAUAUGGAGUCCGUCAAGAUGAGAGCCAAAGAGGGGAUAAAGGAAUUUGGGGCGAAGACCCUGGGACAGAUGUACAAGGUGAUGGAGAAGCGACAGGGAACUGGUGAAGUUAUCGAACUAACAGAGGACGGCAGGCCCUCUGAGGCCCAGGAGAAGAAAGCACCCCUGUGCGACUGCACGUGUUUUGGGCUGCCCCGCCGAUACAUCAUCGCCAUCAUGAGCGGUCUAGGCUUCUGUAUCUCCUUCGGCAUCCGAUGCAAUCUGGGCGUGGCCAUCGUGGGAAUGGUCAACAACAGCACGAUUCACAAAGAUGGGAAGAUCAUCAUCACAGAGAAAGCAAAGUUCAACUGGGACCCAGAGACAGUCGGUAUGAUCCAUGGUUCGUUUUUCUGGGGCUAUAUAGUGACGCAGAUCCCGGGAGGGUACAUAUGCUCGAGACUGGCAGCUAACAGGGUUUUCGGUCUUGCCAUUUUCCUUACCUCGACGCUCAAUAUGUUAAUCCCCUCGGCGGCACGGACGCAUUAUGGACUGGUCAUCUUUGUGAGGAUAUUGCAAGGGCUGGUGGAGGGAGUAACCUACCCAGCCUGCCAUGGGAUCUGGAGUAAGUGGGCUCCCCCUCUGGAGAGGAGUCGCUUGGCCACCACCUCCUUCUGUGGUUCAUAUGCUGGUGCUGUCAUAGCCAUGCCUCUAGCAGGGAUCCUGGUGCAGUACUCAGGCUGGUCCUCUGUGUUCUAUCUCUAUGGGUGCUUUGGGAUCUUCUGGUAUAUGUUCUGGAUCCUUGUGUCGUAUGAAAGUCCUGCUGUGCACCCUACCAUCACCCAGGAGGAACGAGUCUACAUAGAGGAGAGCAUCGGGGAGAGUGCCAAGCUCAUGGGCCCUGCUGAGAAAUUUAAGACCCCCUGGAAAAAGUUCUUCACCUCCAUGCCUGUCUAUGCAAUCAUCGUGGCCAACUUCUGCAGAAGCUGGACCUUCUACCUACUGCUUAUCAGUCAGCCGGCCUACUUUGAGGAGGUGUUUGGGUUUGAGAUAAGCAAGGUUGGCAUGGUGUCUGCCCUGCCCCACUUGGUGAUGACAAUCAUUGUGCCCAUUGGAGGGCAGUUGGCUGACUACCUACGCAGCAGGAACAUCCUAUCUACCACUACAGUCAGGAAGAUCAUGAACUGUGGAGGGUUUGGCAUGGAGGCUACGCUGCUGCUGGUAGUGGGAUUUUCCCACACCAAAGGGGUGGCUAUUUCCUUCCUGGUCCUUGCUGUGGGCUUCAGUGGAUUUGCCAUAUCAGGAUUCAACGUCAAUCACUUAGACAUUGCUCCACGCUAUGCCAGUAUCCUUAUGGGCAUAUCCAAUGGUGUGGGCACCCUGUCUGGCAUGGUAUGCCCAUUGAUCGUAGGUGCCAUGACAAAAAACAAGACUCGAGAAGAGUGGCAGUGGGUGUUCCUCAUCGCUGCUCUGGUUCACUACGGGGGAGUCAUCUUCUAUGGCAUCUUUGCCUCUGGAGAGAAGCAGCCAUGGGCCGACCCAGAGCUGACCAGCGAUGAGAAGUGUGGUUUCAUCGAUGAGGAUGAGCUGGCAGAGGAGACGGGCGACAUCACCCAGAGUUACGGUGCCCUGGGCGGCGGUCCGGCCAAAACGUACGGUGCCACUACGCAGAACGGGGGCUGGGCUGACAGCUGGGAUAAGAAGGAGGAGUUUGUCCAGGAAGAGGCAGAGGGAGGGCCGUAUGGCUACAGGCAGGACCAGGACUACUCCUAGAGACAGGAGACUCACUGACCAUCAAACGGUAGACUUAUUUUGUAUUGUUUACCAGUUUAGACGAAACGAGUCAAAAACCAAACACAAAAGAUAACAAUCCAUUGUUGUAUGUUUUGCACAAAUUCAAAUCAUUAAUUCUAAAGAUAAAAUUUGUUCAAAAGAUGAUUAUAUUGUACAAAUAAAAUAAAAAAUAUAGAGAUGUAGCACAUCAAAUUGCCAGAUCUAUUUGUAAAUGUAAUAUGCAUAUAAAUUAUAGAUAUAUUUAUUUGGAGUGCAAUUGUGUGUAAGUGUGAACCAUUUCCACCUCAUCAAUCUGAGCUUCUUCAUUCUGGAGAAGCCUGUUACGUACGAUCAGACAAGAUUUAACUGGCUUCCUGGAUCAUCAUGCCUAACUGGUUCUUUUUACAACUCCUCAUGAGCCAGCCAUUGCAGUGUAAAAGAAACAUGUCACUGUAAAAAGGGGACUUAACCAGGAAUGAGACUGUAUGUCUUAGGUUGUACAGUAUCUCUUCUGAAUGCACUGAAAGUAGUGUCCUUUCAAUGCAUAAUAUCAUUUAGUUUUUUAUUAUGUGUAUAAUAAUAUUAUAACUGUCUUUAACACAGAGGCAUAAAGAUACAAUAAUGUUUUGAAGAACAACAUAACACUUUCGCUAGUUGAUGUAAAGUCUUAAGAUGCAUGAAAGAAGAAAUAAUGAUGAAGCGUUGCUCACGUGUUUACUGUGCCAUUUUGAGAGCUUGGGACUAUACGGUUCUAUCUGCAUUUUUUUGAGGGUUCGGAACUUUCAAGCCAAUUAUCUGUAAUGAACACGACAGAGAGCUGGUUUCAAGUGCAGGGCGCAAGCAGGUGUUUAUUGCAAAGGACCACAGUAGGAGGCAGGUAGCUGGGUCCAGGGACAGGCAGAAGGUUAUACACAGGGGGUCCAACAAGGCAACAGUACAGGCAGGGAAAAAGCUAGUAAUGUCGUAUGGGAGAUCAGGCAAAAGGUUGAUAACAGGAAAUCCGAUAGGCUAAAGUACAGGCAGGGAAUAGGCAAAAGGCAUCGUUAGUGAGGCAGGCAAAAACUAUCAUAUAUGGGAGGAUUACAUUAUGGGAAAAACAGCGCUCCCAAUAGAAGUGUGUCACAAAACAAACAAUACCUCACAAUGAUGGGGUGCAAAGAACUGAACUAAAUAGUGUGUGAUAACGACAUACGGGUGAUCAGAAUUCAGGUGAUUGGGAUCUGGAGAGUGAGCUUCGUUCAGGGGAUCUAUGUGUUUGAGAGUGUGAGUUGGAAGCAGACACUACAUUAUCUAAGAAUCAUCUUUUUACAGUUAGAACCUUAUAGUCCCAAGCUCUCGAUUUCAUGCCUAUAACAAUGUUACAUCUAUAAAUGUUUAUGAUUGGAGGUUACAAACAUUCAUAACUCGGUUAUGUAAUUCUUAUGAUCAUUAUGUCAGUUUUAUUGUCUGGUCAAUUCAAGUCAUUUCAAUGAGAUUUGUUGUUGUUUAAAGGUAAAUGUUUGUCUGAGGUGACUAAAGAAAUAUAACAUGAACAAUAUAAAGAAAUGCUGCCCGGCACUAUCAAGGGCCUGUGCAAUGCAGAGAAAGACCAGCCAGCCGAUCCAGACGUAGCCAAUCAGUAUAUGUACUGUACAGACAGUCCGUCAGCAGGAGAUAUGUUUUGCUAAUGAAAAGGAAACAUUUUUAGACUGGGAUAGUGAUCCAGAUAGACAAUGUUGUUAAAGAAAACUAUACCUUGCAGUCCAGGAGGACAAUUAGCCAAGUUGGUGAUUGAGAUUCAUAUUACAUACUUGUAAAAACAUUAGAGCAUUACAGAAUUGAAAAACAUGACAGUAUAGCUGUUACUGCCUAUGUAAUGUAUGUCACAUUUAACGUUACCAUUCCUUAAAGAGUAGGUAGACAAUCAAAAGAGCAGCAAGACAUGAUUUAGCCAGUGUGUAUAGAGUGGGAAUGACCAGUGUAGAGAUACUGGGUUCCAGUCAAUGAUUUAUAUAUACACUCGAUGACUGACAGGGGCCUUGUUUAGAAGCCACC